CCAUAUUUAGAACCGCAGAACGAUGCUUCCUACUUGUGAGUAGGUGAUGGAGCAAUUUUUAAACUAUUCUAUGGAAUACUGUGUUCUGCUGUCCGGUUAGAUGGGUCUGCAGCCCCUCGAGUUUGCUGACUGUCUAGCAGACAGUCCCUAUUUUAGGGAAAAACUUCACGAACAUGAAAGGGAGCUUGAAAGUACAAGUAAAGGAAUUAAAAGUCUAAUAUCUCAUGGUAAACAAGUGUUCGAUGCUGCCAAAAAUCUGUCUCGUGCCCAGAAGACAUUUGCUGAGGAUUUGAAGAAUUUCAAUUUUGAGUGUAUCGGCUCACAGCAGACUGACGAUGAGAGAGUUAUCGCCCAGUCACUCAAGGAGUUCGGGAGGCUGCUCUUCUCCAUUGAAGAGGAGCGUGAGAAACUUCUUGAGACUGCAACAGACCAGUUCCUUAAACCGUUGGAAAAUUUCCGCAAAGAAAAGAUUGGUCAAGUCAAGGAGGGCAAGAAAAUGUUUGACAAGCAGACAACCAAAUAUUGCCAGUCAUUGGAGAGGUAUCUCAAUAUGAAGACAAAAGUGAAUGAGUCCAUUCUUCAGGAGGCUGAUGCAUCCCUGGAGAUGGAGAGGCGGGGAUUCUACCAGGCAUCCAUGAAGUACGUGCUGCAGCUCCAGGAGGUCCAAGAGAAGAAGAAGUUCGAGUUUGUGGAGAUUCUCCUGACCUUCAUGUACAGUUGGCUGACAUUUUACCAUCAAGGUCAUGAGGCUGCUGGAGAGUUUAAGCCCUACAUGCUUGACCUACAAAUGAGACUCCAAAAGACUCGAGGAAACUUUGAAAGUACGAGCAACCAGGCCGAGGAGUUGAUGAACAAGAUGCUGGAGGUCCGUGGCACGACCAAUGACCAGCAUGCUUACUCUGACAGAAAGACAUCAGUUACAUCCAGUAAUGGCUGCCUCCGUUCGAGCAGAAAGAGGCCCAUAGAGUCGUCCGGGACCAUGCGAGGAUUUACCCGACAAGGUUAUCUGUAUCUCUUGGAGAAAAAGGCUCUGGGAACAACAUGGACCAAAUUCUACUGCCAGUACAAGAAGGAGACGAAAGAAUUCUACAUGAUCCUGUACAACCAGAUGGGGGGCAAGAUGAGUACUCCCGACCGCUAUGUCUUGGACUCCUGUGUCAGACGUGCCUCAGAUUCCAUAGAGAAACGUUUCUGCUUCGAUCUGACAGUGAAAGAAAAAAAUGUGACAAUGACUUUCCAGUGUUUAUCAGAAGAAGAUAGGAAGGCUUGGAUGAGUGCUAUGGACGGGAAAGAACCGGUGUACCAUGCCCCGAAAGCAAGGAAUGAAGAAGCCUUCCUGGAUGACGUUGGUUUUACAUUUGUGAAGAGAUGUCUGGCAUCGGUUGAAAAGAGGGGUCUUCAGGAGCAAGGGCUGUACAGAGUGGUGGGCGUCAACUCUAAAGUCAAUAGGCUAAUACAGAUGGGUUUAGACAGGAGGAAAACAGACAAGAUACAGCUGGACGAACCUACUGCUUGGGAAACCAAGACAAUCACUAGUGCUGUGAAAAAUUACCUCAGGUCUCUCCCCGAACCACUGAUGUCUUUCAAACUUCAUGAAGAGUUUAUCAAAGCAGCAAAGCAGGAGUCAAAGACGUUGAGAAUUCUGGAUAUUCACAAGCUGGUGCAUCAGCUGCCGGAGUCCAACUUUGAGAUGUUGGACCUACUCCUUACACAUCUACAGAGAGUUUCCAAUGAACAUGAACGGAAUAAAAUGACUGUGGCCAAUUUGGGAGUUUGUUUUGGGCCAACGCUCAUGCGACCAGAAGAGGAGACGAUGGCAGCCAUCAUGGACAUCAAGUUCUGCAACAUCAUUGUGGAAAUACUCAUCAAUAACUAUGACAAGAUAUUUCACAAUGCACCUGAGGACUGUGUUGAUCUGUGCAAUGUGAGAGUUCUCCCCAAACAUAAUCAGGCAAUGAGCAAUCACAGUGGCAACAAAAGUCCACGAUCCCCCGCUGCCGUCAUGUCCGCCUCCUCAAACCCAGUAUUAACCCAAGAUAGUGGCGGCACCGGCGGCGGCAUCGGUGGAGUUGGUGGCGGCAGCACAGGAGGAACACCGUCACAUAUCUAUGCAAACCAGGCUCCGGUGCAUCCUUCAAGAACUUCAAGAUUUAUACGUCCUACACAGGUAUUCAACCAUCAAACUGGAGUCCCCGACUAUAAUUCAUACAAUUAUUACACACGCUAUCUGAACAAUCGCUACUACUACAGGGACUGUAGCCCGGGGUUUGAGACGCACAGUAGCACAUCAAGCAGUUCGGACUCUCUUAACUCCUCGCGAGUGAUGUCACAACAGCUCCCCCAGAAUCGAGCCGGUCCACAAAACCCCUCCCAAUCCCCCCGCCUGGACCAUGUGGAACAUCCACGACGGGGAUCAAACAGCACUUAUGCUAAUGUCAGCGUACAUGAACUUGAUACCCGAGAGGAACCAGACAUACUAGAACUGCAAUGUUCCCCUAAAUCUCCUCGAGCCAACAGAUUCAGCAUCGCAGGGUCAGACAUUCCCACAUUUGGAAGUGUCAAGAAAAGACGUUCUAAUGACUUCAGCACAUCAAUGAACUCUUCUAUGCCCGCAAGCAUGACUGGCAGCCUGAGUAGUAACUCUAGUAGCUCGUCCCGUGCCCCAGGAAGGACGGUGAGGACUCUGUAUGAGUGUCAGGCAGAGAACGAUUCAGAGCUGUCCUUCAGUGCUAAUACCCUCAUCUACAAUGUGCGCCCUUCCAAGGAGCCUCACUGGUUGGAGGGGACGUUAGACGGCCGGAGUGGACUUCUCCCUGAGAACUAUGUGGAGUUUAUAGAUCCCUGACCACACCCACAAGAGACAUUCAACACUGUUUUACAUGUUUUAUAAGAGCUAAAAAUGCAGCAGUUGUUUUGAACAUUUUAUCAAGUUCUGUUCGUUGUCUUUUUAUAAAGGAUAACCCGGUUGGUGCAGAGUAGUUUGCCAGUGCUCAGUUUGGUGUUUUAUAAACUUGUUACUUCAGUUUCGUUUUAUCAGGAUGAGUGAGAGCUUUUGAGUGGCACUCUGAAAAGUGGCACAAGAGUUUAAUAAGCAGUGAUGGACUCUAAUAGGCACUCAUUUGAUAGAUGAUGAUUAAUGACAACAUGAGGCCUCGAAAACUUGGCUACAGUGAAACCCUGUGAAAGCUGGAAACGCAUCUUUCAACUGAUUAGUGUUUGAAAUAUCUUCAUAAAUAGAAAUUACUAUUAUCUAGCCCAGCCCACUCCAAGGCUACUAUCAUGGUCACCUCCAUUGGUAACUAAACUAGCCCAGCCCACACAUAUGAUACUAGGCUUGGUAGUCUUGUCAGGCUCCGUCGGUACAUAAGCUAGCCGAUUGGUCGGGUAGCCUAGUGGUUUAAGCGUUUGUUCGUCACACCAAAGACCCGGGUUCGAUUCCCGACAUGAGUACCAUGUGUUGAGCCAAUUUCUGGUGUCUCUCGUCGUGAUAUUGCUGAAAUAUUGCUAAAAGCGGCAUAAAACCCUACUCUCUCUCUCAUAAACUAGCCCAGCGCACACCUUGUCUACUGCCGUGGGUCAUCUGUCAGGCUCCAUCACUGCUUAGGUAGGAACAAAAAUGGGAGACACUGUUCAGAUUAUUGAAGUCACUGAAGUGUGAGACAGUGUUGAUCACCCUACCAUAAGAUCAUAUCAAGUGCCAUGUCUACCUAGGAAGUUAGAAAACCUGGAAAUAAAACCACACAAGAGAAGAUGUUUUAGUUUGAUUAGAGGUUUGGGUUUUUUUUCUCUAGCCUCGUUCUCUUCCCACAUCUCUGAAUGCCAGGGCUGUACAGAAGUAGGCAGAUUGGGAGAUUUUAAGGCUCUGUAUACUUCCAACUAACUCAUUCGUGUCCAUUAUUUCUAAUGCUCUGUAAUGCUAUGUUGAUUUGUCCAUACUGGUUUUAGUCAUUUAAUUUUAGAAUCAUAGGUAAUGGCAUUUUGCAACAUUCCAAAGUUCGAAGCUCACUAUUUUUAUAAGUUAUUAGUUAAAAUACAAGCAAGACUAGCAGGAGUUUUGGACUUUUGUUUUUUUAAUUCUGCUCAGAUGUUGAUGUCAUGGAAUUAUAAUUGUACAGCAUUAGGAAUUCUGUUUAUCCUCCUGGAUUCUUAGCUUUUCCCCCCUGUGCUGUUGAUAUAGGUUUGUUAUAAUUUUGUUUUUUAUUCUUCAAUAAAAUAGAGACUGAUUUGAACUGUGAGUCAAGGGCCAAGUAUAACUGUAUUGUAUACAGUAAAAACCCUGUUAUUCCAGACCCUGAUUAUCUGGACGUCCAUCCUGAACCACCUUCAGGAAUAACAUGGUGUUCCUGUGCCCUGUACUUGCAUACCUUCUCAGUCAACACACUUCCUCCUCUUUGGAUAUAUUUUGUUUCUGACCAACAAUUAACUAAUCUUAGUCCAUGUAACUUUUCCUCUGUGAAAUCUUUUAGCAUCAGGGUAUGAAAUUAACAGAAAUAUUCUUGUUAGAACUUGUACAUACAUAACAGAACGACAUGAAACUGUUUGACUGUAUUAUUGAAGCUGUUUCCAGGAUAUGAUAUUGUGGCCAUGUUGCGUGCGAAGCUUGUGACAUCAUGUGACACACCAACAAGAAACCAGCAUUUGGUAGCAGAACUUGCUCCUAACAAUUAGUCAUCAGGUAUUUUCUCUACCUCUUUUUUCCACCUUUAUAAACAACUAAAAGGAAAUAAUACCUGCUUGGGUGGAAGGUUCAUUUUGUUCCCAGAGCCUCAGCUUGGAUUUAUAAUAUUCAAAGAAAGUUAAGGACCACCCAAUGCUUUCAUAUUGCCAAAGUUAAUCUGUCAUGCCUAGACUCAUUAACUAUGCCUAGACUGAAUGACUAUGCCUAGACUCAUUAACUAUGCCUAGACUGAAUAACUAUGCCUAGACUCAUUAACUAUGCCUAGACUGAAUAACUAUAGUUAUAUGAAAGAAUCGAGUGGUCCUUAACUUCUUUGAGUAGUUGACGAUGACAAAUGCUCCAGAGGUGCAGUGUUUCAAGAUGUUACUCUACUUAGCUGCAUAUGGCAGCCACAUGCAUUUAAGAUGUAUUAUUUUCAUGAAGUAAUUGAUACAAAUGUUCUGUUGCUUGCUCAUUCAAGACAAAAGUAAUAUUUUGGUUUGUUUGUGAUAGUUUUUAAUAAGGUUGGGUCACAGGUGACCUUGCAACCUCAAUUUGCUAUGCAGGAUUAUGUCCCUUAUUUAUACCAGGAUCUGCUUACCAUGGGUUUGAAUCCCAGAUUUCGUACUGAUCCUGAUUAUGGCCUGUCUGCUAAGUUGGUCCACCCUGGACUUCAGUAGGAACAGCUGUGUCGUGAGAAAAUGAUGACAUUUUGAAUGCGCUAUACUAUCCAAGACUCGUUGAAAAAGUGUGUAUUUCAUCAACCUGCGGGUACUGAGUUUGUAUUAACAAGAUGACUGUUAAGAAACAUGGAUACAGAGAAUGUGGAUUGUUUAACAGAAUAGUUCAUUUCGACAUGAAGUCAGUCUUUAAUAUUUCUGAAGAUUAUAGUGAUUUGGUACCUUUUUAACAUUAUGUAUGGAUGUGAAGGUAAAGUUGAUGAAACUAUUCUUGUUUUGAUAAAAACAGUACAUAUGUAUAUGAAUCAGUGAAAUUUUCAGUUACUUUGGUCUAUUGGACAUAUACUACUUAAGAAAAGUUAAGGACCUCCGGAUUCCUUCUUAUUACUAUAGUUGAUCUGUUACGCCAUGACAGAUUAAAUAUAGCCAUAUGAAAGAAAUGAUGGAAACUGCCAAGAUAGAUAAACUAUAGGAACAUGAAAGAAUCCAGUGGCCCUCAGCUGUCUUUUUUAGUGGUAUAUAUUUGUGCAUUACACUUGUGACAAUGUGACAUGUUUAAUACAGUGUUCUGUUGAACAUGAAUGAUUCUAUAUGUGAUUUUCUAUGAUAAUUUGUUAAUCUAGGCAGGGUAACAGGUUUCGUAGGACUCUACAGAGUAUAGCUAUAAUUUGGAAGUGCCAGUUCUCUAACUUAGUCAGACUACUGUGUUGGUUUAUGUCAAACAAGUGCCUUUUUGUUGCCUUUAGACAUGGAAAAUACACUUUGUAUGCCCAUUUUUUCUAUAGUGUAUUUAAUGCGAUUUGGCUUCGGAUGCCAGGGAUGCUUCAUCACAGCUUUAUUUGUGGUUAUUCAUAGUUGAACAUAUGCAGAGAUGUAUUCAACAUUUGUUUUAUUUUUUUAUUUUUUAUUUUUGGCUGUCUGGAAUGAUAAUUCUUACCUGAGCUUGGAUACAAUGUUGAAAUCUUGAUUGAAUGGUGAUAACAUGUUAAUGAAAGAGACAAGGCAUGUUAAUGAAAUAUUUUAUCUAAAUAAUGAUAUAGGUGUCGUAUUCACUCAGUCAGUCCCUUUUUGUUAAAGGUAUUUGUAACUUGUUUUAAAAGACAGAUAUUAAGUCUAAAACUUUUAUUUGCAUGGUCCAUGCUUAGUUUUUGAUUGUGUACAAUACAUUUUCAUUAUUUUUGUUACUUUGAAAAUGUCACUUGUGACCUGGUGCAGGGACAUUUUAGUAAGAGACUGGUCAUUUAUUAUAGAGGUGGGUGAAAUUAAGGGUUUCGAGGGCGUCAUGACAAAAUGAAAGCGAAUGAAAAUGGGGCGGGGGUCGCCAAAAUUUAUCACUGUUAUUGGGGGGAUGGGGGUGUAAGGCAGGGCAAUGAAAAUAAAAAAUAUCAAUUUGAACAUUAUUUUGGGACUUGUCUUUUAAUAGGGGUGGGAAAUGUCAUGAAAAAGUGUUACAGGUAUUUCGGGGGCAGGGGCUUGGUAAAAAGUUAAAUAAAAUGGGGUGGGUGGGGGGUGGGGGCUACUCAGCAGAGUAUGAUACAGUCCCAGGUCCAAUAUUACACUGGUCACCACCCCCUAUAAUAAAUUACCCGUCCCCGAGUAUUAAUGUUGUACGACCAUGUUUGCUUGAAAGUAUCAAACCAUGUGUUCUAAUGUGUCAGAUUGACAUUAAGUAUUUCCUUAUCCAAGACUAUGUCCAUAUGUAUUAUAGCCACUGUUAUGCAUUACCUGUAUAUACAUUUGUAUAAUUUAGCAAGAAAUAUUGAAGAGGAAUACUUUCUUUUCUAAGUGAAUUGAAUCUAAUAAAAUAAUAUUUGUUGUAGGUGUUGUCAAACAGGAUAUAACGUUACAUGGUGCAUUAAUUGAUUGAUUGUAUAUGCAUUGAGUGAUGAUUGUCAUCUGUAAUAAACUUUCUAAUGCUAUUUGUACUGUGUGAAUAGAUGUGGUUUUGUCUAAGAAAAUGUUUUCUGUGAUUUCAUAAGUCACAUUAUGCAAGGAAAAGAGUUCUAAAUGAAUUCUAUUGACAAGUAGCGUUCUGCAGUUGCCAUGACAACAGAUCUUAAACAAUAAUGAAUCUUAGUGAUCCCACCUUUUUUCCAAGGACAAAAAAAUAGUUUGAUCUAUUAUACCAGUACCUUUUCAAAAUGGCUGCUUCAGUGGCCAUUUUGUAGAACUUUUUCAGUGUGUUAUCAUCUAAAUUAAUACAGACAACUUUGACUGGAGAUUCAUCUUAUAAUUAUUUGGUCAUUAUCUUGAUAGAAGAAUAUGAAAAUGAAUAAGAAUAAUGUCAUGUUAAUUAAAUUUUAUCUGAGCCUGUAGAUCCAUUUUGCUGUCAUUUUGGCACAAUUGUUUGUAAGGAGAAUGUACACAUAUAUAUAUCACAUUUAAUUAGUGGAUCUGUGACUUUUCUUGUCAGUCUAAAAAUACCAAACAUUUUUAUAGUUUAGUGUACAAUGCUAUUAAUGAUAUUGUAGAGAGGUGCAUGGAAGGUUAGUAAUCAUUCUUCAAUACUGUACAAGGGCAGAAGGAUAUACCCUAGUAGUUGAAGUAAUCAUUACUGCGUAGUCGAGGCUGACUUCCCAAAGGAGUAAAUAUGUGGCACCCAUUCCCAUGAUAUUACAGGAAAAUGGGAAAAGCAGUAGUAAGCCUUACUGAACUAACUCAUUAUUGUAGAUGUUUGUAAUAAAGGGGAAUGGUAAUGUUAGGUUGUAUGCCAUAGGCUAUGUUCAUCAAGUGUCACUGACAGUGAGAGCCAGAUGCCACACAUUUCCACACAUCGUCAAGUUAUACAUGUAUUCCAUAUUAUCACAAGGAGGAUUUAUGUUAAAUAUAUAUUUACCUGCUAUAUUGGGAUGAAGUAGCAUAAUGUUCCUGAUAUGCUUGGAAUCGGGAUUCAAUUGAAUAACGUUCCAGUUUGCUCCUUUCUCUAUAUUCAUUGGUGUACUGGACAGUAAAGGGCUAUGUAUUCAGUCAGUCCAACUUGUAACAGCUAAUCAAUUCGUGGAGACUUAAACUGUCCUCUGCAUGGGCCCUAAUAGUGGCUCUUCAGCCUAACUAUGGAUUGUAUCCAAGGGUUGGAGAGUCAGUACUUGUGUUAAACUGUACAUAGUGUAAACAUGUCUAAUUGGUGCUUCCCCUGUUAGCGCUGAUAUUUACUGAGUCUGUCGAAUUGAUGUUGACCUGUACAUAUUCGGCUUAUGUGCUCAGACACAAGCUUCAUAGGUCAUGAACCUAGUAGUUAGUGUCUCAGGCAGCGGAUGCUUUCUCUGGAGGGAUGGUCCCUGUUCUACAAGUACAAUAUUCAUAGUCCAUGGACCUUGUGGUUGAUGUCUCAGACAGCGGAUGUUUCCUGUGGAGGGAUGGUCCUUGUUCUACAAGUAUGUCAAUAUUCAUAGGCCUGGACCUUAUGGCUGGUGUUUCUGGCAGUGGAUCUUUGCUCUGGAGAGAUGGUCCCUGUUCUAACAGAACAAAGCCAGUAGCCUGGGGGUUAAAGUGUUGACUUGUCACGCGGAAGACCUCGGUUCGAUUCCCGACAUGGGUACAAUGUGUGUCGCCCAUUUCUGGUGUCCCCCGCCGUGAUAUUGCUGGAAUAUUGCUAAAAGCGGCGUUAAACCAUACUCACUCACUCUACCAGAACAAUAACAUUCACAGGCCAUGGAUCUAAUGGUGGAUCUUUGCUCUGCAGAAAUUGUUCGUGUUCUGGAAGAAUUGCUACAGUAUUCACAGGCCACAGACCCUGUAGCUGGAGUCUCAGGCAGUUCUAUGAGUAUGGCUACAUCAUGAGAAUGUGAAUACAUUGGAUACCUAAGUGCAGGAAUGUGUGUGUAGCAGGACGUGGAGUCAUCCCACAGAUGACAUCCUUACCUUGUCAGCUUGCUCAGACGGGGUUAACCUCUUUGGUCAUGUGGACAAGGCGUCCAAUCUCUGAUCAGAAGCUCCGUCGUUCGAAUCCCAUCACGGGACUCAGAAAUUUUAUGGCCGCUACAUGUGUAUGGACAGUAACAGUAGUAUACUCCAAGUUAGCCUACUGACUGUGAAAGCAGGAACCUAAUAGUCUAAUCAGCUACAUAUCCUACAUCAGCACUUCCACAGUUGACAACUUCUGUAGAUACUUGUGUAGGAUUUAUCAUCACAUCUGUGGUUAGUGUCAUAGUCAAGUGUUGAAAAAGGAUAACAAAUUUUGCAUGCACAUAAUGAGAAAGAUAUGUUAUUGUGUAAAUUAGAUGUCUUUUGAAGAAACGGACCAACAUGCCAGGCCUCAAAGUUACAAAUUUUACCAAGUAGCCAUAUGGCUACAAGCAUUUUUUUCCAGGUUGCCAGUGGUAAAAUCAAGAAGUCAAGCCAAUAUUGUAGGUAGCCAAAAGCAUUUGAAAUUAUCUUUUAUCAAAUAACUAUUA